GGGUAUUUUUGGAGGUGGGGGUGUAGAUGCUGUGGUACUUAAGCAACGGAAGAGCUUAGGAGUUUACAACAGAGCACAACUUUAAAGUCUUUCCCGACUUUUAACAUAAUUAUCUUCAGCACAGACUCUGUCCUUUACUCGUCCCUAUUCAAGAGCUUAGUCUUGGACUGCAAAGCUCUGGGACUUCUCAAAAUGUGCCGGUGACCUGAGUGAACACUCCGAUCAGAGGGACACUCCUGGCCCUGGACAUGUGUCAACAGAAAAGGGUUGACCUCAAGCAGCUGCUGCCAUGGGCGAUUGGAGUUUACUGGGUAAACUGCUGGAGAGUGCUCAGGAGCACUCCACAGUUGUUGGAAAGGUCUGGCUGACGGUGCUCUUCAUCUUUCGCAUCUUAGUGCUGGGCACUGCUGCAGAGAAAGUGUGGGGAGAUGAACAGUCAGGCUUCACUUGUGACACAAAGCAACCUGGUUGCCAGAAUGUCUGCUAUGACAAGACCUUCCCUAUAUCACAUAUUCGCUUUUGGGUCCUACAGAUCAUUUUUGUGUCCACACCCACCCUCAUCUAUCUGGGGCACAUCCUACACUUGGUACGUAUGGAAGAGAAGCAGAAGGAGAAAGAGAAAAACAAGAUAUCUCAGCAUCACAGCGAUAAGCAACCACUCCUGGGGAAUAGUAAAUGUAAAAAGCCACCUGUGAAGGAUGAACAGGGCCGGAUACGGAUGCAGGGUGCCAUCUUGCGGACCUACAUCUUCAACAUUAUUUUCAAAACUCUGUUUGAAGUGGGCUUUAUAGUUGCUCAGUAUUUCCUGUAUGGAUUUGAGCUAAAGCCAUUGUACACAUGUAAUCGUAUGCCAUGCCCCAAUACUGUGAACUGCUACAUCUCUCGACCUACUGAGAAGACGAUCUUUAUUUUAUUUAUGCUUGCUGUAGCUUGCCUGUCUUUGUUCCUCAACCUGGUGGAAAUGUACCACUUGGGCUUCACAAAGUGCCGACAGGGCCUGAGAUACAGAACAGAAAUUGCAUCGGAAGCUGGCUCAAAGGCUCCUAGCGAAGCUGUAGCACCUUAUGUGCCAAGUUACCCUUACUUUGGAGCACAACCACCAGCUCCAGUUCAUUACCAAGCUGGGACUAGAUACAGUCCAUCUCCCUUAACUGAAACGGAUUCAGUCUGUCAUCCAUACAACAGCAAAGUAGCUUACAAGCAAAACAGGGAUAACCUUGCAGUAGAAAGGAAUGGAAAGCCUGAGGAGAGCAACUCAAAACUCAAAAGAGAACCUCAGUCUCCCAAUGACAACCAACGUAAGGCUGGCCGUGUCAGUAGUAAGCCGAAUAACGGCAAGAGCCGGCUCGAUGACCUAAAAAUCUAGUUAGCAGUCACUCUGCAUUCUUUAAAGUUGUUUAUUCACCUCAAAAUGUCCUGAAAUAUGGUUCUCAUUGCAAAAUUUUACAUACUGAUAUGCUUGGCUGGCCUGAUACAGCCUUUACCCCCAAGCUAAUAUUCUAGACAUACGGUCAUGGAGGCUAAUAAAGAAACGGAUGCAAAAUGCGUUUUGGUGGACAUGCACAACAAUUUAAGUCUGCUGUUUAAACCUAUAGAUUUACAUAUUGAAAAUUACAUAAAAUGAGGUAAGAAAAUUAUCAAGAGUAAGGUUCUGGCAUUUUCGGGGAUAUCUGAAUGGGCUUUGACAAGCCAGUCUAUCAAUUGGGUAGAUUUUUUCACUUAACCAACUACACAUAAUGAAAAGUACACUUGCACAAGGGGACAACCUGGCUGCAUUGAUGACAGUGAAGGUGACACAGCUAAGUAUAUGGUGGUGCUCCUCCACUACCGCACUUGAUGGAUUGUCAGUGAACUGUAAAUAAGAUUUCAAAAUUUUUUUUUGUACAGUAAACAUUAUGUCAACACUGGGUAUAUUUAAGUCAAUGACUGGUUUAGGAUGGUUUGUCAGAAGGAUGCUAUACAAACUGUACAUGAUUUUUAACAGUUUACUCCAAAUAGUUUUGCAUUUUCCUGCAGGCUAAUGUGUGUCCAUGAAACUGAUACAUCUUUACUGGGUUUCACCUUGCAGAUCAUGAUGAGCAAGUUAAUAGCGAUGGCUUUUCCACUUUUUUCUUUUUUUUUUUUUUAAUCUUCAUUCUACCCACCAGCAAAGUUUUGAAAGAAAAAGUAUUUAAUCUGCAUUGCAGGCACAAUGCUAAAUCAUUGUGGGACAAGCAUUGCCAUUUGGCUAAAUACAACUUAACAUACAAUAGACUUUAACUUAACAAAUGAUCAAGUUAUUAUGCAGAGGCUUCAAAAAACACAAGCCACAGUUAAUGUUAACUGCAGAUUUUUUGUAAAAUAAUUUUAUAUAAGUAUAAAGGUUUACUAAAAAUGUGUCACUUCAACCACUUGUACUUUAAAACACAACAGAAAAAUCAGUAAAUGCUCCAGUAAUAUUGCAUAUGAAAUAUCUUCUGGUGGCCUAACAAACAGCGUAUCAGGUAGUAAGAUUGGCAAGGAUGUUAGGAUAAAACCAAGACCAUUAAAUUUACUGGUAUUUUGAUAUAUACAAGAAAUGAAUGUGAACAAGCAGAACCUAAGUGCUGCUUAAUAAAUCUCAGAAAUGACAAUCCAGUCAAAUUGCCCAUUUUGCUUUAGUCAAACGGAUGCAAUUUUUCAAAUUACUUCUUCACCGUGCAUCUGUUGCUUCUUAGAACUCAUCAGUAACAAUACUUUACAUUACAAGAAUAAAACCAGUGCAGUUUCCUAAGUCAUACAUUAAAAUGGCCUAAUGAGGGCUUAGCUUUCCAAGUUAAUGAGUGGUGUUAUACAGAUGAGUUUAAUCACUGUAUACAUCUUCAAUUAAAGCUCAUUUAAGGUUUUAACCAGGUUAUGAAUCAAGUAUACCUUUCCCUUAGGGUAAAUAUUAAGUAUUAAACAUAAAAAUUAAAAUCUCCCAGUAAUAAUGUCUUAAAAACUUUGACUUCACGCAAUUAACAGGAAAUCUUAUUUGCAAUAACUCAAAAUUUGAGAAAUUCAAAUACUACACAUAACAUAUAUAAUUACACAGAGCCUAAUACCUUAUUUAUCUAUAAAAAUAAUUUUAAACUUAUUAACCAUAAAUCAUCUCAAUGCACAGCUGCUUUGUACAAAGUCAAGCUGCAAUUAGACAAGUGAUACACGGGACAUUUCUUUAAAAUUUAAAAAGUUCUAUUGCAUUUUUCAAUACAAAAACUGAAGAGUAAAAAGAUGCCAAAAUUCAUCGAAGAAUGCAGCUACAUUUUAAGAAGUAUCACAAAAACAAACCUGUCAAUUUCCUCAAACUUCAUAAUAGUGAGCAAAAUGCAACUGCUGUAUGAAUCAAGAAAUGCAAAAGAAUUCAAACUUGCAAUGACAAGAAAAUAUUGACAAAGUUAAACCUUCAUGGACAUUACAUAUAUCUUUAUCAACACUGGGGAGAUAACUAUGAAAAACUGCAAAAUUCUACAUAAAAUGUUUUAUUCGACUAGAUUCAAAUGUUCAUUUCAAGACCCAGCUGGAAGUUGCCAAAAGUGUUUUCUUUUCCACUGUUCUUAAGUUUUCAUCAUUCAUUCAUUUUUUAAUCUGCAGUAGCUGCAGAGGCUAAAAGGCAGUACUAUGAAAUGGCUGGCAUACCAGGGUGCUACAGAGCUGUAAUAAUGGUUCUUCUAAAACUUUUUAGAAGUGUUAAGCAUAUUCACCAUCAUUUGUCUCCUCUCUGCCUCUAAUAGCUGCAAUCACAAGAUCAUAAAAACUGUUCUUGUGUUCACAUACUAAAACAUGAAAUCUACAAUAAAGUAAACUGCAAGAUAUUUGAGGAAAUGGUAGUCAAAAAUGGAGAAAAAACACUAGUUAGUCUAAUAAACACUGAAUCCAGCAGGAUUUGAUGAGUGUAAAUUAAAAGUAUUCUUCUCUGUAUGCUUUUAUCCCCUGCUUCUCCCCCCAAAGAUGAAAUUUUAUAGUGGUCCGUUGAGCAUGCGAGAGUAUGCCCUGUAAUAAUUUGACUCCUCAUCCAGGGUUAGUUCAUGUAUUACCUGAAACAGCCAGGAAAUGCUCUUACCCCACUGUACUAGAUUAAUGUUUGAGGGCAGAAGGAUUUACCUCAUAACAGACUAAUUUCUUUGAAAUGCUUUUAAAAACAGACACACUAGUGCAAAUAAUCUUUCUUAAAUAUGAGAUGCUAGUUCGCACUUGUUUGUUCAUUAUUGACCGCUUUAAAAUGCAGUGUAAAAAAAACAACAGCUUAUCUUAACAAAACAAGUCUAAUAAAACCAAGUCAUUCUCAUUAAUAACCCAUAAAACCUUUGUUAAACUGCUAAGUACUACAAAUUUAGACUAAGCACCCAAUUGGAAGCACAGUAUUACUCCUAUCACUGAAACAGUGGAUAAAUAUUGUUGUGUAGAGGUAUAAGUAUGGAAUAAAGUGUUACAAUAGCCAUUCAAAAUGUGUACAGCUUACUAAGUUUCAUUAAGAACUAAUCAAGAGACUGGAGCCAGUCAGGAUCACUGUUGAUACAUAUUUGCAUGAUACUGUUUUAAAUUCUUUUAUUUAUGUAAUUAUGAUACCUGUUCUCAAGAAGGGACCUAUGAAACUCUCAAAUGAUGUUUAAAUAAGUGGUUAGUCAAUAAUGACUAAUAAAACACAUAGAAAAAAAUGUCUGAGGAUGACUGUUACUUACCAAUAAAAGACAAAGUAACCUUGAUUAUGGUGACAAGAGGAGAAUACAAGCAUUAACUGCAAGCUCUCAAAAUUUAAACCAUUUACCCAACACAUACAGCUACCACUGAUGGAUAUAAACUCUGGAGAACCUGUGAAAAGACUGACCCAACUGGGAUUUGAACCUCAAAAGUCAUUAACAAUCAGACAUAUGACUUACUCAUAUACAUAGUCUUAAGUGAAAAGUAUCAUAAAAUAGAUAAAAUAACCAGACAGGGAUAAUGUUCUAGAAAUUACAAAGGGUAAAUAAAUCCUCUAUACUGAAAAAUGCUUUA